GACCGUGACGCUGUACAGGAAAUUGACAACAUGGCAGACAACAUGAGUGAAGUACCGGUUGUAAACGUAACUGUUAAUGAAACUGCAGGAAAUGCGACUGCUAAGAUUCCAGCUUCUCCAGAGGGAAUGGCCGUGGCAUACGGCAGUCUGGUCAUAAUGGCUAUUUUGCCCAUUAUCAUCGGGGCUUUCCGUUCCGUGAGAUACCAUAAGGCUCAGAAGGAGUCUGGUGAAAAGCCUGAGACAAUGACCAGUAAAGAUGCGGCCAUGUUUCCCAUCAUAGCCAGUGGAACUCUCUUUAGUAUUUACCUCAUAUUUCAGAUCUUCUCAAAAGAACACAUCAACUUGCUUUUGACGGGGUACUUUUUCUUCCUGGGAGUUUUUGCACUGGCUCAUAUUAUUGGUCCAUUUAUAUCAAAGAUGCUGCCCACAUCAUUCCCUAACACGGACUACCAUCUCUUAUUCACACAAGGGAAGGGAGAUAAGAAAGAAGAUCUGAUGAAUUAUGAGUUUGACAGAAAGGAUCUAGUUUGUCUUGGUGUGUGUACAGUUAUUGGAAUCUGGUAUCUUGUCCAAAAACACUGGAUCGCUAACAACCUGUUUGGUUUUGCAUUUGCUGUCAAUGGUGUUGAACUUCUGUCUCUAAACAGAGUCAGCACAGGAUGUAUUCUGCUAGGAGGUCUCUUCGUCUACGAUAUUUUCUGGGUAUUUGGAACUAAUGUCAUGGUAACAGUAGCUAAGUCAUUUGAAGCACCAAUCAAACUGGUGUUUCCCCAGGACCUGUUAGAAAAUGGUCUGGGGGCCAGCAACUUUGCUAUGCUAGGACUGGGGGAUAUAGUAAUUCCAGGAAUCUUCAUAGCCCUCCUCCUUCGGUUUGAUAUGAGUCUGAAGAAGAACUCCAAGACAUAUUUCUAUGCUAGUUUUACGGCCUACUUACUGGGACUGCUGUUAACAAUUUUUGUAAUGCAUUUCUUCAAGCAUGCUCAGCCCGCUCUCCUGUACCUAGUGCCGGCCUGUAUAGGUUUACCCCUGUUUGUAGCUUUAGUUAAGGGAGAAGUGAAGCAGCUCUUCAGCUAUGAAGACCACACAGAGGAAAAGAAGCCAGACGAAAAAGAAAAAGCAGCAUCAAAAGAUGAAAAGAAAGCCAAAAAGGAGAAAUAAAGAUAUACCAAAUCUAGAUGAAUAUUGAAUCAAAUGUUACAACAUAAAUCUGGAAAUUUUGGCUGUAGACCCACAAAUUAAGAAUUAAAAUUUGUAUCCAUUGUUUACAAAGCUAGCUGUACCAUAUAUAACAGGCCAAAAUUUCCAUAUUUACACAUCUGAAAUCUUGUUAACAGCUUGAUGGACCACAAUGGUUUUAUGUCAUUUUGUUCAGUUUUGUAAGUCUGCCGGUGUCUGCAUAGCUAUGCAUCCUAUUGGUGUUAUAAACGUAAGUGAAAUGCUGUUGAUACAUUUUAUCUCUGUUAUUGUACAGUAUAUGGACAUAAAUGGUAUUUUAGGAAGUCACCAUGUUAUAAUUAUUUUUGGUGGGGGAGAUAAAUAUUUGUACUGGUGUGACAAAAUGAGUCCAAGCUACAGAGAUCUGAACAUCUAAUGUAUUGUUUAAUCACCUGCUGACAGUGUGGAUAGGUUUUAUACAUGUUACCUGAUGAUAUGAAGGACAGACAGGUAAUUCUGUAGUUUUUGUUGUAUGGUGCUUAUAUCCACCUGGAAAUGCUGCCAGGACUGUCUGAUACUACAUCAGCUCACAGGCCAAUCCAUUCUCAUGUAUUUCACAGAAAACAAUCAUGGCAGAGUUUCCAUUAUUUUAUGAUAUUGUAAUUAUGUUGUAGCAUGUUGGAGAAUUUGAGGUUUCUUUUCUAGUCGUUUAGGUUUGUCAACUUGUAAAAAUAUUGACACGAUAUGAUUUCUACUGUAAUACAUUUUGUAAUGAGAUGAUGACAACACUGGAUAGACACAUCUGUAGUUAGAGACCAACUCAUUCUUGAAAAUAUCUUCAAUGAUUACACAGCGUAUUUGUAGAAAUAGAAGGUAACUUUUUAAAUGUAAACAAGCAUUCCAGUGGCCUAGGUGACUCGUGUUAUAAUUGAAAUCCUGGCUUUAGUCACUGUGUUGAUAAGACACCGAUGUCACCAGUAAAUCUAGACUUUUUACUUGGUUUUAACUGGGUACUACAUACUACCAGGGGAAACUAGAUUUGCACACCUUCUGUAAGUCUGUCAGGUGCUAUAGAUAUGUGCAAUACUCUGCCUUGUUAUUUUUUUUAAUCAAAGAAUGUUUUAAGUUUUUACCUGACAAAGCAAGUGUUUUCAUCUCUUUAUCUACACAAUUGUCUUUAAAAACACCCAGUUUUAAGGUCUAAUGCAUUUUUAAAACAUUUAAAUAUUUUCAAUCCUUCAGUUCUUUUUUGUUAUUCCUUUAUAAAAUAACAUAUUUUAGAACAGCCAAUCUACUAUAGGUAACAUACAUACAUACUUACUAAAAAUACAGAUCUACAAUGACCGUCUUCAAAAAAUCAUUGAUUUUGACAUUGGAGUACUAGCAUUUUUUAUUUUCCUUUUAUAAAUGAUUACCUAGUUUAUUGAUUAGUUGAUUAUAGGUUGAUGGUUUUGCUGAACUGUUAAUUGUUUUAUUAAAUUUUUUGUUUUUAAAUAUUCUUUUGCAGAAAUGUUGAGUAAGAGUUAGCUCCCUUGUAUCAACAGUUUGUAUUAAAUAAAUAGUAACUUUAUGUCAAAAAUGAAAUUAUCACUAAUUAGUUCAAGUUUAACAAAGAGUGCCAUUAUAUUAUUUAUAUUUCAAAAUACAGAAACAUGAACCAUUACUAUAUGUGUCUUUGUUACAUACUAGCUAUAAUGUACUGCUCAGCUAGAGAGAAAUUCUCCUUGGCUCAAUUAGCUGGGUGUAAGACUAGUAAGCAUCUGGUCCUAGGUUCAAUCUCUAACAGAGGCAUUGUAAUAAAUAUUACUUAAUGGCAACCUCUGUAACAUUGGUGCCAAUAUAGGGAGCUGGGAAAAAUACUCGGCCUAGAUCCAGAAAUACCUAUGUUACCCCUGGAAAACACGAAGAUGAGCUCUUCUCUGCAGGGGGAGUGUGUAACCAAGGUAUGUAUUAGCUGCAAUAUACCGCUGGAGCUGGAGAUAGCUUUUCCUAGGCACACUCUGUUGAGUAUAAGUCUAGUAAGCCAGAGGUUCUGGAUCCCUAGUGUAGGCAUUGACACAAUUUCAUUAAUGAUGAUUUCCAUUACAUACAAACUAUAAUUAUAUUGUACACAACUGAAAUCACAAACAGUAAUUCUCCAUUUCUUGUGAGGGUGUAUUACAUUUUGCCUCGAUUUCAUAACGUUAUGAAUUUCAAUGUAUUGAGUGCAUCAAGUUCCAGUAUAGUUCAAAGCUAUCUUAGCUGCUGUGUAUAAUUGAUAUAGGUAUUGAGGUAUGGUAUGAACAUUGGAUCAGGAACCCAACCGUCUACUACACAGGGGGACUGAGGAUGAGGGAGCAUGGGUGGGGUUAAGGGGCGUGACAGAAUGAGUUGUGUGUGAGGUGCAGUGUGUAAGCUGCUGAUGGUGAUGAUACAUGCGAUGUCAAAAUUUGUGAAUAAAAUCUGCAUAGUCUAACAGCCA